UGUCACCUCAGACUGUGCGUGUGUGUGUAGUCUUCUUGCUUAUGGGGUAGCCGUCAUUCCAUUUUGUUCAAAAAGGCAACAAACAAUUAUCUUGCGCGUGUGCUUUGGUGCGAAUUGUGAGUUUUGUUGAUUGUGCAGGGACAUAUGAAAGUGCAUUCUUUUGUUUGGCAAUUAAUGGACGACGUCAUUGUGCUUUUGUUGUAAUAACUUUCUUGCUGUGAUUAAAUGUGGGCUUUGUGCUGUUUAGAAUAAAUCCUCGAACUUGCUCGGAAGAUUCGCGGCGCGUAUGCUUCUUGAGGACGCGUAUUAGCUCGUGCGGAAUUGCAUAGAAAGACAAUUGUGUGUUGUUUUGUUGAGGCGCGCUGUUACUCGUGUUUUGUCUGCAUUUACAAGUGUGCACGCUCGGUUCAGGCGAGGAAGCUGCAAAAUGACCACCGAAAUUUGCGAAUUGAAUUCAAACGAUGUUGGCGAUGCGUUUGGAACAAGCCGCUCUUCCAACCGCGUGUUACCGGUGGCGCGAAUGUCCACCGAACGCUAUGCAUCUGAGUAUAACAUGCGCCACAGCAAUCGUGGGAUUGCUUUGAUUUUUAACCAUGAACGCUUCGAUAUUCCAACACUCAAGGAUCGCACCGGGACCAACGUCGACUGCGAAAAUCUUUACAAUUCAUUCAAACGUUUACAUUUCGACGUGAUCGUGUGUAAGGACUUCAAGUUACGCGAGAUUCAACAACAGAUCAUUGAGGUGGCACGUAUGGACCACAGCGAUAAUGAUUGUUUACUUAUAACAAUUCUCUCACAUGGUGAAUUGGGUUAUAUCUACGCAAAAGAUGUACAAUAUAAACUGGAUUCAUUAUGGCAACAUUUCACAGCAAAUCACUGCCCAACAUUAGCUGGUAAACCAAAACUAUUUUUUAUACAAGCAUGCCAGGGUGAUCAGCUAGAUGGUGGUGUUUUAUUGUCGAAACAUACAACUGAAACUGAUGGUGAAUCAUCAAUGAGCUAUAAAAUUCCAAUUCAUGCCGACUUUUUAAUUGCGUAUUCAACAAUACCCGGCUUUUACUCGUGGCGAAAUACAACAAAGGGCUCAUGGUUUAUUCAGUCUUUUUGUCAUGAACUUGAUCGUAACGGAACAAAGUAUGACAUCCUUAAACUACUAACGUUUGUCUGUCAAAGGGUUGCAUUAGAUUUUGAAUCGAAUACGCCCGAUUGCCAGAUGAUGCAUCAACAGAAGCAGAUUCCUUGUAUUACAACGAUGCUGACACGUUUGCUUGUUUUCACCGAGAAAAAGUAGUUUUAUUUUCAUUCAACUGGAUUAGAAUAUAGGAUUUUUCGACACCAUUUAGUUUAUUUCAAUUUUUAGUUGAUUUAAUAUUUAGAGACUUAGUAUCUGAAUGCAGGUGUGUGGAAGUAGUAUCAUUUUAUUGCGGAACAGGAGUGAAAGUCGGAUAUCUGCAAAUAUAAACCUCUGCAUAGUUGGGUAAGUGGAAUAUAACAUUUCGUAAAAGACACACAAAAAUCAUGAGAAUAAAAUUAAGUAAAUAACGACACUAUUGGCAAUUUAAUGGUUAUUUUAAUUUACAAAAACUCAGGCUUAUCACAUCAUUCAGUUAAUAGUGUAGUUCCUGUGAUGACAAUUUUUUCUAAAUAUUAUACUUAACGCGAUUCAAAAUUUACAAAACUGCAGUUAACCCACUAUGCAUGCAUAGGGGUAUAUUUGUGUGAAGAUGAUUCUUGUCUUUUUUAGAAGCAAUAGAACAAGUAAGUAGUAGAGCUUGAGACAUUUAAAUUUGACGAAGGACCCCAAUAUUCCAUUUAUAUUUUAAAAGCAGAGAGAGUGGAUGACCCACUUUUCCUUUGGUGCAGUUACAAAUACGUUUUUUAGUCCUAUUUUAAGCGAAACCAAAGUUCGUGAACGGGAGAUUUGAACAAUAUGAUAACAAAUGAUAGGUUCUUUUCUACUGGUUAAUUCCAUAAAUUUGUUUCACACGACAAAGGAUUGAUUUGGAGAUUAUAUAAUACGUUUGUUUCCAUUUUUCUACUUUCUUAGAUGAAAAAAUGAAAUAUGAUAUGCGGUACAUGACUGAUGUAUUAGUUGUAGUUUCUAAUAGAGACAUAAAGGAACAUAAGGCUGUUUUUGUAUAGUUAAUUGAGAAAGUAGUAAAUGAAUUUGGAUAUGAGAAGGUUAAUGAAUCUUCAAUUUGUAAAAAAAAAAGAUACUUCAUUUUUAUACCACAUUCACCAAACAAUAUCAGAAUAAGAAAUCAAUUCGAGCAAUGAAAUUAUUUAGAUUUUUAGCAAAAUUUCUAUACCAAUUGUAAAAGCCGUUGGUGCUUGGAUUUUUGAUAGUACUUAAAAGUAUUUCGCGGUUGUAUUUUGGAUUUUUAUGCAGUUAACUUUCUAUUGUAAAUCCGAUACGAUAAUCGAAUGAUGCCAUUAGAUAUACUUUGUAAGAUAAUAUUUUCAUAACUAAUUCUUUAUAGUUAAUUUUUUAUUUGUGAAAGACGCUGUUUAGCAUCUUGUGAAAUAGACAUUUAAGGUUCAUUUUCUAUAUUUUCUCCUAGAUUGUAAGUACAGAAAAACGAGUUAUACAAAUAUAAAUGAUUUUUACAUUGACAAAUACACUUGAUGCUGCAGAAAAAU